AUGUUUGUUUCAGUGAGGGCCACCAUGGCGGCCACUCUGCCGCCGAUCAAUGGGUCUGCAGGGAGCAGGAAAGGGCAGAAUGUACAGCACUUCAUGCCCUCCCCUCCCAAAGGACCACCUAGUGGAAAGAAACUUAAACCACUUCGUAAAGUUCCUGGGACCCCAGACAGAGAUAUAUUUGUCAAACAUGAUAUACUUCGACAACAACAACCCGAUCUUUCCAAAAGGCAAACAGCCAGCUACAGGAAUACAUACAAGCAUAAUCUGUGUUUGGACAUGCUCCAAGAAGGUUAUCAUAAAUCAUUUAGUGAACUUUUUGCAUUAAUAAAACAGCAAGAGGAAGAGCGCCUUGAGAGAGGCCCAGAAUCUCUCAUGUGGACAAUGACUUUGUUAAAAGAUCAACAUGCAAAACUGGACAUGUUAAAAGUGCAUUUAACUAAAGCAGAGGAAGCUUAUAGAAAAGGUGACUUUGCUGAAGUGUACAGAAACAGGUACGAGUUAGCCCGGUAUUUUCAGUCAAUGAGGGAUGAUAAAUGGCUAGCAGAUCACUUCUUCACAACUUGUUUACAAACAAGUAUGGAGGUCAAAGGUGACCAUGGAAAGAUGCAGGCCCAAGGUCACUACAAUGUAGGGGUGUCCUAUGAAGAGAAUGGUGACAAUUACGAGGCUGUGGAUCAUUUUGAAGCCUACUAUAAAUUAGCUGUGGAUCACAAGGAGUGGAUCACUGCAGAUGAUGUAACUUUCCACACAGAUGCCUGUAUCAACCUAUGGAGAAUCUACACUACCAUUGGCUUGAUCCUGGAGCGACAAGAGGAGCUAGAAAAGGCACUGGACUUCCUCACGAAGGCUCUUAACAUGGCCAAGGAAUGUAAUGACAAGUCCCUUGAAGGACAAGCAUCAUACACACUUGGGCUGUCACAUGAGAAAUGUGGUGAUGGCAAAUCUGCACUUGUGCACCUGAAUAACUUCUUAGAUGUAUGCAAUGAAUCAGGUGACAGUGAGGGUAUAGGAAAGGCUUGUGAUGCUAUCUCCAAAGCCUAUGCCAGUCAAGGUAAGCUUGAGGAGAGCAUUGAAUACCUAAGAAAGUUUGUGGAGGUUACAGAACAGAGUGGGGAAGAAAUAGCUUUCAGUAAGGCUUGUCACAACCUGGGAAAUAUCCUGAAUUCUUUGGGUCGUUAUGAGGAGGCAACAGAUUACUUCAGCAAAGCCUACAAUAUUUCCCGAACGCUCUCUGACAAGGAGGCCAUCAACACCAAUCGUGUACAGUUUGGUAUUGCCAUGGCACACAGAAUGAUGUCAGGCUUCCAUGGUCACGUCGUCCUUGAACACAGAAAUGCCCUGGAACGCAUGAUUGAGUGGAAGAGUGCAAGAACAGAUGAUUUUGAGAAACCAUUCCCUGAACCAAAAGAGGAAGAGCCGCCAAAGCCCCCCUCACCAGCCCCUCCUGCACCAGUGGAGGCUGAAACAACACAGGAUGAGGAUGCCACCAAAGAGACAGAACAAAAGGACAAUACCAUGACUGAAGAUUCAGGCACUCUGGACAGUUGAAAAGCUCCAAGGCUGUGUGACCACACCUAUUUACUGAACCACGCCCACCAUGAUACAGUAAAUCAUCUACAAGGGUUACAACCUUGAGAACUUUUUGUAUUUUACUAAACGAAUUACAGGCCAUUCCUUAUUUAGAAGAUGCAUGCUUUGUUGGAAAGUUGAUAGUUUAUUUUGGGGUGGUCUAAGUAAGAUGGUGUAAGACAUCUUUCUUAA